AUGGCCGCCUCCUUCCUCGCUCCGCUUAACCAGACCAAUCCCUCCCUCAUCGCCGCGUCCAUAGCAAUAAUAUCAGCUACAAUCUUCUACUUUUGGGCCGUGAAAAGAUCCAAUAAAAAGCUAGCACCUCUGCCUCCAGGCCCACUUGGCCUCCCAAUUCUAGGUUACAUCCCAUUCCUCAACGGCGCCCCAAUCCACCGGAAAUUCGCCGAACUCUCCGCCAAAUACGGCCCGAUCUUCAAGAUCUGGGUCGGCAGCCAGCUGUACGUGGUGGUCAGCUCCCCGGCGCUGGCCAAACAAGUCCUCCGCGACAACGAAUCCGUCUUCUCGAGCCGCGAGCUCCCGUUAGUGGGCCGGAUCUGCACCUACGGCGGGCUGGACCUGGCCUGCCUCCCGAUGGGCCCGGACUGGAACUCGAUGCGGAAGGUCCUGGUCCGGGAAGCCCUCAGCAGCCCAGGCCUGGACGGGUGCUACGAACUGCGGAGGAGAGAGGUCGUCAAAGCUCUUAACGAAGUAGAAGUCGGUAAGCCGGUUGGCGUGUUCGAAUUGGCGCACAAGGUGGUCGGAAAUGCGACUCUGGGUAUGCUGUGGGGCGGCGGCGGAGGAGGGGGAGUUGUUGGUGGCGAUUACGGGGAGACUCGGGAAGUGGGGCAGCGGAUUAUGGAGCUGAUGGCGAAGCCGAAUGUUUCUGAUCUGUUUCCGAUGCUGGCGAGGUUUGAUCUGCAGGGGAUUGGGAGGGAAGCGGCGGAACUGGCGGAGAGGUUUGAUCGGAUUGUCAGCGCUAUGAUUCGGAAACGAUUAGACGGCGGCGGGGAGAAGAAGGGAGGCGAGAUUGAUAAGGUGGAUUUGUUGCAGGUUUUGCUGGAGAGAAGGGGAAGUUCCGGCGCUGGAUCGCCGUUGACUUCCAUGGCCCACUUCAAAGCCAUGCUUCAGGUACUGCAGUUUCUGAUCGGUUUUCCCCAGGCUCAAAAUUGUUGA